CCCAUGGCGGCGAUGCUGCCCUGGCGCCGGAGCAAGUUCGUCCUGGUGGGGGAAGGGGAGCGCACGGCCAAGGCCAAGAGCCUGGGGCCCGGCCUGAGCUACGCCUCUCUGCUGUCGGGCCUGGUGCGCUCCUGCCCGGCCCUCCUGCCCCCCUGCCCCCUGGGCCGCCUGGGCGGGGUCUUCGGGGGCCGGCGCCGGACGGUGGAGCUCAACCCCGAGGACCCCACCUACACCGUCUGGUACCUGGGCAACGCCGUCACCCUGCAGGCCAAGGGCGAGGGCUGCACCGAGGAGGCGGUGGAGAAGAUCUGGGCCAAGAGCGGCGGCGGGGCCGGCGGGGCCAAGAUGAGGCUCACCCUGGGGCCCCACGGCAUCCGGGUGGGCCCCGGCGAGAAGGGGGGCCCCCGCCGGCCCGGCCACUCCUACCUGCUCCACCGCAUCACCUACUGCGGGGCCGACCGCCGGCACCCCAAGGUCUUUGCCUGGGUCUACCGCCACCAGGUGAAGAACAAGGCGGUGGUGCUGCGCUGCCACGCCGUCCUGGUCUCCCGGGCUGAGAAGGCCCACGCCAUGGCCCUGCUCCUCUGCCAGACCUCCUGCUCUGCCUUCGGUGAGUUCCGGCGACUCAAGAGGCAGAACGACGCCCGGCGGCGCCAGCAGCAGCUCCUGGGGGAGGCCAUCGUCCCCUGGGCCCCCCUCCGGAAACUCCUGAACUGCAAGUGCCCCUACCGGCCUCCCCCGGAGAGGAACCGCAGUGCCCCCAGGCUGAGCGCCAUCCGAGAGGAGGAAGAGGAAGAAGAGAGCAGGGAGAAGGAGGGCAAGGGGUCCGGCGACCCCUACGGACGGGCCUGUGGCCCAGCUUGCUAUGUUGACCGGAUUGCAACCGGCUUGACGGUCGGCACCUGCUGUGAGCGUGGCACAGGGGGCGUCCGUGUCUCCGGUGGUGGCAGCGACGGCACGGCUCUGUGUGGCAAAACUGCCACCACCCCGGUUUCCAAGAUGGGCAAAGGCAGAGAGAGGUCGGAGGUGCUGACCUUGGCCCAGGAGCUGAGGGUCUGCACUCUGAGAAGCCCCCUGCCCCAGCCGGACACGUCUGGACACGCGAAGCCUUCUUGUCCAUCUUCUUAG